UCUAACAGAAACUUGGCAAGACGUGGCAAGAAUUCACCAGAAAAGAAACAAAACCAUGAGCACAGCAGGAAAGGUCAUCAAGUGCAAGGCCGCUGUGCUCUGGGAGCUGAAGAAGCCGUUUGCCAUAGAGGAGGUGGAAGUCGCACCCCCUAAGGCUCAUGAAGUUCGUAUUAAGAUGGUGGCCACGGGGAUCUGUCGCUCAGAUGACCAUGCCAUCGAUGGCUCCCUUUUCACACCACUUCCCGCGGUCCUGGGCCACGAGGGGGCCGGCAUUGUGGAGAGCGUCGGAGAAGGUGUGACGAGUGUCAAACCAGGUGAUAAAGUCAUUCCAGUGUUUCUUCCCCAGUGUGGAACGUGCAAGGUCUGCAAGCACCCAGAAGGCAACUUCUGCUUGAAAAAUAACAUUUCCAAGCCGACUGGGACCAUGCAGGACGGGAUCACCAGGUUCACCUGCAGAGGGAAAGCCAUCUACCACUUCUUAGGCACCAGUACCUACUCCCAGUACACGGUGGUGCAAGAAUGCGCAGUGGCCAAAAUCAAUGCUGCCUCCCCGCUGGACAAAGUCUGUCCCAUUGGCUGUGCGUUUUCUACCGGGUACGGGUCUGCCACCAAAGUUGCCAAGGUCACUCCAGGCUCUACCUGCGCCGUGUUUGGUCUUGGAGGAGUCGGCCUGUCCGUUGUGAUGGGCUGUAAAGCAGCGGGGGCAGCCAGGAUCAUUGGAAUAGAUAUCAACAAAGACAAAUUUGCAAAGGCCCAAGAGGUGGGUGCCACCGAGUGCAUCAGCCCAAUGGACUUCCAGAAACCCAUCGAGGAGGUGCUGAAGGAGAUGAGUGGAGGAGGUGUAGACUUUUCCUUUGAAGUCAUUGGUCGGAUCGACACCAUGAUGUCUGCCUUGAUGUGCUGUCAGGACUCGUAUGGAGUAAGCGUCAUUGUUGGAGGUGUUGCUGACUCAGAGAAGCUCUCUCUGAACCCCAUGCUGCUGCUGACGGGACGCACAUUGAAAGGAACUCUUUUUGGUGGCUUUAAGAGUAAAGAUUCUGUCCCAAAACUUGUUGAAGAUUUUAUGGCUAAGAAGUUUCCAGUGGAUUUGUUAAUAACCCAUGUUUUACCUUUUGAAAAAAUAAAUGAAGGAUUUGAGCUGCUUCGUUCUGGAAAAAGCAUCCGUACGGUCCUGACAUUCUGAGGUCACAUGAAGGUUGCCUUUGCUGGGAGCAACCUCCUAGCCUUCCGCCAUGAGGAACAUCUGCUGAAUUACACCACUAACUCUGGUUUUCAAAGAUGCCGUCAUCAUUCACACAUGGAUAUUUUGCAAAAACAAUGAUUCUGCUUCUAUUUCCAUUUUCUGCGUUUUCUUUUCUAUAAAUCUACCAAAGCCUGUGGGUAACGAUACAUCUAGGGAAGGAGAUUGAGAUUUAUUAAGUGGAGAGUGUCUGAAACUUCUAAUGAAAUAUAUUUUUAGGCAAAUAUGUCACUUUUACCUAUGGUAGAAGGGAGUAUCUAUAUUAUUUUUGUACUAUUUGAAUGGGCUGGAGCAACAGCACAGCGGGUAGGGCAUUUGUCUUGCAUGCGGCCAACCCGGGUUUGAUUCCCCCGUCCCUCUCAAGAGCCCGGCAAGCUACCGAGAGUAUCCCGCCCUCAUGGCAGAGCCUGGCAAGCUCCCCGUGGUGUAUUCGAUAUGCCAAAAACAGUAACAAGUCUCACAAUGGAGACAUAACUGGUGCCCGCUCGAGCAAAUUGAGGAACAACAGGAGAACAGUCCUACAGUGCUACUAUUUGAAGGACUAGUAUAAAAUGAAUAUGUAAAUCACCUCUAUAAAUAAUAAAUGUAUAAAUGUAUACUCUCUUAAAUAUAAGUAGUUUCACGAUUUCACAUGACAAAACAUGAAAUUCAGAUAUUAAUAGUGAAACCCAAACAAUCCCUGAGAGAAUAUUUUGAAAAUCUGGCAUUUUUGCUCAUGAAUGUGCUUUGUUGAUGAUAUCAUCUUAAUUGUUACAUUGAGCUGAAAAUAAGGUCUAUGAUGAUUGGGAGGUAAUACGGUGGGCUGAAGUGUAGGAAUGAGAAUGAGGAACAGUGGGCAGCCGCAGCGUGGCUGGAACCCCAGGGAGUGCCUGCUUACUCGGGGACUGGGUGCUCCAGCACCCAUGGACAUUUUGGGAAAAAAAUUCCAGAUCAACCAUUUCUCUUAAUUACAGCUCUGAAUCCUAGUCUAUCUCCCUAGAAUUUGUUUGUUUUUGAUUAGUACACAGAAGCUUAUGGUGUGCAUUUUAAUGCUUUCCUGCUCUCAAGAAAAGAUCUGUAUUUUGAACACUAUCUCCAAAUGCAAUAAAAAGCUUGUUCUUUCUGGA